ACGGAGAGUCAUCCAACCUUGUGGAUUUCGCUGGAAGAUACAUUUAUUCUUCUGCUUUUCUCUUGUCCUUCUUGGCUUUUUCUGUCCCACGAGGCUGCAUUUGCGUGGAGGGCACAACGCUAGCUCCAAUUCCAACAAUUUGACUGCCUGGGCGUUCCCAGGCAUCAAACUGAACAACCACAGCUCCUGGGCCCCAAAGGUUGCGCCAACGUCCUUCCGUCAUCUAUUUUGAACACUCUCCAUUCGCCUCUUUGCACAGAGGAACAGGAAAGCCUAUAUAUAAUCAAAGGCUCUUGAAUAAUCACUUAUUCCCAGGAGCUAUCCGAACUCCGCGUUGGCUGGUCGAAUAAUAAACUACGACUAAUUCUAUACGUAUACAUUUAUCUUAUUUUGACGUUGAGAAAAGAGCUGUUAUAAAAGGAAAGCAGAGAGAUACGGCAUUAUGGCAGAUGCGGGGGCUGGUCCUAAACCUAGCAGCAGCGUGAAGCUCGUUCUGCUGGGAGAAGCUGCUGUUGGAAAGUCUUCUCUCGUCCUACGAUUUGUAAAUAACGAUUUCCAAGAAAACAAAGAACCAACGAUAGGAGCCGCAUUCCUCACUCAAAAAUGCUCCCUCCCAAACAGAACUAUCAAGUUUGAAAUAUGGGACACAGCCGGACAAGAACGCUUCGCCUCCCUCGCCCCCAUGUACUACCGCAAUGCCCAAGCCGCACUUGUCGUCUACGACCUCACCAAACCUUCCUCCCUUAUAAAGGCUAAGCAUUGGGUCGCCGAGCUCCAGCGACAAGCCAGCCCAGGUAUCGUCAUUGCCCUCGUGGGCAACAAGCUCGAUCUAACAAACGAAGAUCCCAGCGCAGCAGGAGCGGCAAAAAUACCAGGCACACAAACUUGGUCUCCUGGCAGUAGACGAUCCGCCACUGGUUCACCAGGACCGGACGCUUCUGAGGGUGGCGACAGUGAAUCUUCUGUUGCUGAUCGAGAUGGUGAAGAAGGUGAGGAGGGAGACCUGCGGGAUUCUGCGGCUGGCGAUGCGCGAAAGAUCUCUACUCGCGAGGCAAGCUCGUAUGCGGAGGAAGAAGGGCUUUUGUUCUUUGAAACCAGCGCAAAGACCGGCGCUAACGUGCUUGAGGUCUUCACUGCGAUUGCCAAUGCGAUUCCGGAAACGAACCUGAAGGGACCGAGGGGCGUUGGUGCCGGCGCGGGGGCGGGUAAUAAUGGCCUAGGUGGGAGGCCUGGGGAGGAUGCACGGAUUAAUUUAAGGGAUCGUGGGGCGUCUACUGCGAAGGAAGGGUGUGCUUGCUAAUUGGUGAUGGCAUUUUUUUCUUUUCGUCACGACCCUCCGAAAGCAACUUGUGGAAGGAUGAAUAUGGAUUACAUUGUUACGCUUCGGUUGUUGCGACAGCUUUAGGGCUCCAGUCAAGGAAUGAUAAGCGCCGUUCCCGCGGGUAUACUCCUUUUCCGUCUUUAAUGUGUAAACCUCUUUUUAUUAUAUUAUAUCUACUUUUCAUUCCUUUCUUCGUUUGUUCACCUUAUGUCUUAUUCCUGGUUCUCUUAUCCAUUUGCUGCUCUAUCUUUUAAUUCGUUCCAUUUUGUCUUCUAUCAUUGUGUAUCCGUCCGUAUUUCCCGUUUUGGUUCGGUUCGAGUUCUGGUUUCAAAUCACUUUUUUGAGAUUUUGUUGUAUAAACAUCAGUAAUGCAACUUGAUAAAACCUACGGAAU